AUAGGGAUUAAAAUGGGAUUACAUGAUUUGAGUAGCUUGUCGUUUUGUUAUGAGCGAUGCUGCUUAGGUAAGCCAUGUGCGGCACGUCAGCGACGGAACAGCCAGUGUUGAGGGUCCUCAUCUCCCUGCACCAGCGCUCACCACAGUGCAGAAGGAUCUACGUCACUUGUUGCGCACAGAACUGCAGUUUGUUGCGUAUUGCAUGCAUAACUGCGGAAAUGCAUCAAACCACUGCUGUACACAUGCUCCGCCAGGGUGGGAGCGGGCGGAAAAAUGUGACCCGACCUGACUCCUGAAGCAGCUGGAGUUAUUCCUUUAGCUGGCGAAGCUCCAGGAACUAUUC